AUUGACUCUAUUUUAUCUCCAACAGAGUGUCGAGUCUAAAACCCUCUAUUCAGCCGUCUCCGGGUUCCCUCUAAUUUCCUCUCACACCGCAUCUGCCAUUGAAGCUCCGCUACGAAAGCUUCAACAAGAGCUUCGUUCAUCCACCAUACUUGUGAUUUUUCUUGACUUGUUGCGGAUUUCUUAUACGAGAGAAUGUCUUCCCGCUUUUGGACCCAGCCUGGAAGCUCCUCAGAGGAGGAGGAGAGUGACUAUGAUGAGGAGGUUGAAAAUACAGGUGGUGAGGCUACCACUGAACCAGUCGGAAACCGAUACCUUGAGGUUAAUCAAAGUGACAGCGACGACCCUGAUGAUGAAAGGCGUGUCGUUAGAUCAGCGAAAGACAAGCGCUUUGAUGAAUUGUCGGCAACUGUUCACCAAAUGAAGAAUGCCAUGAAUAUCAAUGACUGGGUUAGCUUGCAAGAGAGCUUUGACAAGAUAAAUAAGCAACUUGAGAAGGUCAUGCGUAUUACAGAGGCUGUUAAAGUACCCACUCUAUACAUAAAAGCGCUUGUAUUGUUGGAAGACUUUUUGGCUCAGGCUUUGGCAAACAAGGAUGCUAAGAAGAAGAUGAGUAGUAGCAACGCCAAGGCCUUGAACUCAAUGAAGCAGAAAUUGAAGAAGAACAAUAAGCAGUAUGAGGAAUUGAUUAAUAAGUAUAGGGAGAAUCCUGAGCAGAGUGACAAGGAAGCAGAAGAGGAUUCAGAAGACGAUGGAUCUGUUUCUGAAAUUGAGGAUCCUACUGAUAUUGUAAUGUCAAAUAGUGAUGAUGAUGGGGAUGAAGAAGAAGAUGAAAAGGAUGACCAAACUGAUGAAGGCUGGGAGAAGAAGAUGAGUAAGAAAGACAAGCUCAUGGAUAGGCAAUUCAUGAAGGACCCAAGCGAGAUCACAUGGGAUACAGUUAACAAGAAAUUUAAAGAGGUUGUGGCUGCUCGGGGAAGGAAGGGAACUGGAAGGUUUGAGCAGGUUGAACAGCUUACCUUCUUGACAAAGGUUGCUAAGACCCCUGCACAGAAGCUGGAGAUAUUUUUUAGUGUUGUUUCUGCUCAGUUUGAUGUGAAUCCUGGUCUCAAUGGGCACAUGCCAAUAAAUGUGUGGAAGAAGUGCGUGCAGAAUAUGCAAGUUAUACUUGAUAUUCUUGUGAAGUAUCCUAACAUUACGGUGGAUGACAUGGUGGAACCUGAUGAGAAUGAAUCCCAGAAAGGACCAGAUUAUGAUGGGACAAUUAGGGUCUGGGGAAACUUGGUGGCCUUCUUAGAAAGGAUAGAUACUGAGUUUUUCAAGAGCUUGCAGUGCAUUGAUCCCCAUACUCGUGAGUACAUUGAAAGACUUAGGGAUGAGCCUAUGUUUUUGUGUCUAGCUCAAAAUGUUCAAGAUUAUUUAGAACGAGUUGGUAAUUACAAAGCUGCUGCCAAGGUAGCCUUAAGGCGGGUCGAACUCAUUUAUUAUAAGCCACAGGAAGUUUAUGAUGCCAUGAGAAAAUUGUCUGAGCAGACGGGAGAGAGCGAUAAUGGUGAAGAGCCUAAAGUGGCAGAGGAAAGUCGCGGUCCAUCUCCAUUUAUUGUAAUUCCCGAGCUGGUUCCUCGAAAACCUACCUUUUCAGAGAGUAGCAGGACUAUGAUGGAUAUUUUGGUUUCCCUCAUAUACAAGUAUGGCGAUGAUAGGACUAAAGUUCGUGCAAUGCUUUGUGAUAUUUACCACCAUGCUCUGCGGAAUGAGUUUUGCACUGCCCGUGACUUGCUGCUAAUGAGUCACCUGCAAGAUAUUAUUCAGCAGAUGGACAUUUCGACUCAGAUACUUUAUAAUAGGGCCAUGGCACAACUUGGUCUGUGUGCAUUUCGUAGUGGAUUAAUUACUGAAGGGCAUAGUUGCCUUUCUGAACUAUAUUCAGGUGGAAGAGUAAAAGAGUUGCUUGCACAAGGUGUCUCACAAAGUAGAUAUCAUGAGAAAACUCCAGAACAGGAAAGGCUGGAGAGGAGACGACAAAUGCCUUACCAUAUGCAUAUAAACCCUGAGCUCCUGGAGGCAGUACAUUUGAUAUGUGCCAUGCUGCUGGAAGUGCCUAACAUGGCAGCUAACAUCCAUGAUGCAAAGCGCAGACUGAUCAGUAAGACAUUCAAGAGGUUGCUUGAGGCGAGUGAGAAGCAAACAUUCACAGGCCCCCCAGAAAAUGUAAGGGACCAUGUGAUGGCAGCUUCCAGGGCACUUGGCAAAGGUGACUUCCAAAAGGCCUUUGAUGUCAUCAAUUCUCUUGAUGUUUGGAAGCUCCUCCCGAACCGUGAGAAUGUUCUUGAGAUGCUCAAGGCUAAGAUCAAGGAAGAAGCUCUGAGGACCUACCUUUUCACCUACUCCUCAUCCUAUAAGACUCUGAGCUUGGAACAACUCACCAAGUUGUUUGACCUUUCAGAGGCCCAGAUUCAUAGCAUUGUUAGCAAGAUGAUGGUCAAUGAAGAGCUCUUUGCAAGUUGGGACCAGCCAACACGUUGCAUCGUUUUCCAUGACAUUGAGCAGACUAGGUUGCAGGCUCUAGCUUUCCAGUUGACUGAGAAGCUGGCAAUCCUUGCAGAAAGUAAUGAAAGGGCAACAGAAGCAAGGAUAGGCGGUGGUGGGUUAGAUCUACCUCAAAGGCGUAGAGACAACCAGGACUAUGCUACUGGAACAGCUGCUGGGGGUGGUAGAUGGCAGGACAACAACUUGUCCUUCAAUCAAGGAAGGCAAGGUGGUGGCGGUGGGCGUGCCGGAUACAACACUGGAGGCAGAUCAUUCAACCAAAAUGCUGGUGGUGGGUAUUCUAGGGACCGAGCAGGUCAGUACCGAGGCUCAGGGCAAAACUCUCGUUAUCAAGAUGCUGCAUAUGCCGGAUCAGGGAGGACUGGCUAUCAGACUGGUUCAGCCUCAAGGGGAUCUCAGGAUACUUCAACUCGCAUGGUCAGUCUACAUAGGGGGCUUCGUGCCUAAAAAAGCGUAGUUAUUCCCCAUAGAGAGCUUCUCUGUUUGGUUUCUGUUGUCAGUUAAAUUUCCCCCUCAUUAAACCUAGUUUUUUAUUGUUUGAAUUUAUAUUUAGAGGCUUAAGUUUUGGACCUUUAAACGUUGAGAGUUGGGGUUUUGUAUGCUAGUACUAUGCAUUUUGGCUAUGGAUGCAUGCAAGCUUUUAAUUUA